GCUUCAUGUCAUUGUCGACGAUUGUAACAAUGACAAUUAGCGUUCACAAAAUAAGCAGCAAGAAAAUAAAUUAAAAAGUUGAAUAAAUUUUUAAUUGUUGACGUCAUAUAUUGCUUUCAAGUUGAUAUAUGUAAUGCUUAUAAUAACUUGGAUGACUCACCUCCAACUCGGCCGAAAUUUAUUAUCUCGCGCAUGCGUGCAUCACAUUAUCCGGUAGUUCUGACCAAAAUGGCUCCUGUUGGAGAGAAAAAUGACAGAAUGAACUCUGUCAGCGAUGAAACAGAGAAUGAAUCACAGAAUCUAUGGUCCACAAUAUUGAGUGAAGUACAGUCGAGUUCUGCAUCAAAGCUACCAACUUCCAAGUCGGUUAUUGUUUUAGGUGACAAUGACAGUGGCAAGACCACACUUAUAGCUAAACUACAGGGUGUAGAGGAGCCAAAGAAAGGCAUAGGACUGGAGUAUUACUACCUCAAUGUGAAGGACGAGUACAGAGAUGAACAAGGCCGACUUGGUAUAUGGGCCCUAGACGGGGACACGACCCACACCAGCUUGUUGAAGUACGCGCUCACUGAGGAAAGUUUUGAGCACUCUCUAGUCAUUCUAGUAGCCUCUAUGACCCAGCCAUGGGCCAUCCUGGACUCGCUCGAGAAAUGGGCAUCCAUUCUACGUCACAAUAUUGACCGAUUGCGCAUAUCACCAGAAGACAGACGAGAAUAUGAACAAAGUUUGGUGCAGUACUACCAGGAGUACGUAGAGCCCGAUGAGACCUCGGGCUCCAGUCAAACGUCACUGAGGCGGGACGCAAACCCCCUGCACCCCCCUCCCCCUAACACACAGGAUGAGGACAAGGUUGUCUUGCCCCUUGGGGAGAACAUCCUUGCGCAGAAUCUAGGCAUACCCAUUGUAGUCCUAAUUACUAAAGCAGAUUCUAUCUCGACAUUAGAAAAAGAACAUGAUUAUAAAGAAGAGCAUUUUGACUUUAUACAAAUGCAUAUAAGAAAUUUCUGUUUGAAUUAUGGUGCUGCUCUGUUCUACACAUCGGUGAAGGAGGAGAAGAAUUGUGACCUACUUCACCAGUAUUUAUUACAUCGGAUAUAUGGGUUCCCCUUCACAAUGUCUGCCUAUGUCGUGGAAAAGGAUAGUGUGUUCAUCCCAAUGGGUUGGGACAAUGAAAAAAAGAUUGCAAUUUUACAUGAAAACCUAUUGAACAUAAAACCAACAGACAACUAUGAAGACGUUGUUUCCAGGCCCUCAGUUCGUAAGACCAGAACUCCUAUUCGUUUAAUCCAUGCGCCUGUGCAGCGAGAUGCAGAGAUAACGGUGGAGGAUGUGCAGGUGUUCCUAAUGAAGCAACAGUCCCAUCUGAACAAGGCACCUUCACCAGGGGCCGCAGGCUCGCAGGCCGAAGGGGAGUCCCCGGCCCGACCCCCUGCUGCUGUUGUGGGUAAGACCGCAACCGCGCCGCUGGGCAAGGCAGCAUCCUCCCCUACCCCGACCACUGUAUCACCCAACAAGAAGAUGGAAACCAAAGCCAGUGCUGGGGGUGGUAACACGAGUGAGACCAUGCUGGCAAACUUCUUCAACAGUCUCCUCAGCAAGAAGUCUGGAGGUGUAGGUGCACCACGACCAGAUACAGCAGCGGUUCAUUCAGAGCUGGAAAAGAUGACAAAAUCCACGACAAAAACUGCCAAGAGGUCACAGUCAGAUGUGAACCCAAAUGGACCAAGCUCUGAGUCUUGAUUGGCUUAUAUGAUCAUGUGACAUUUUCCUACUUCCUGAUUGGUAAAUUCUGUGAUGAUUACAAGUUGACAUGAAAGCUAGAUCAUGAUUGGUGAAUCCGUGAUCAUGUGAAUGUAACCUUCACUUUGAUUGGCUGAAAUUAGUAUCUUGUGAAGGAGGUGUUCAAACUCAAUAGUGAAAUUAUAUAUUAUUAAGGAAUACAUGUUAUAAACUAUUUCUAUUGUGAUCAUUUGAGCUUUAUAUGUGCUUAUGAUGCUGAUUUGAAGAGAACAUGUUUUCGCUUAUGUAGAAAACUUAAUAAACAUAAGGGCUGCACUGUGGUGGAAAUUAUUUGUGUUCAUUAAACAAGAUAGCAUCUGCUUUAUUAUUUUUUGUGCAACAACUUAGACAUAUUUCAAUUUUUGUAAAUAGUUUCUCUGUUAUAUAUUUAUAUAAAUUAGUGAUGAAUUGAGGCUGUCAUUGGGUGGUGCAUGAACUUGUUGUUUCACAGGUUAUUCCCUUUAAAAGCAUUUGUAAUUCUUAAAAGCAUUUUUAGGUAGAUGCAUGCAAGACUAUUACUUAUUGAAAUGGCUACUUAAUUGACAGCAACAUCUAUGACCUAUGUUUAUAUGAAUAUGAAAAUUUUACAUUACUUUUUAUCUUUCCAUUGGAAUGGUCAUUACUAUUUAUUAAGACACAAAGAUUUGUGUAUAUUUUUUAUGGACAUUCAGUAUUAUAUUUUUUAAAUCAAGUUGAUUCGUGUUCUUCUUUAGUUACAAAAUUACCAUUAUGAUAAAUGUAUUUUAGGUGCUUAAAAGUGUACUUAGUGUCCAUCUAAAAAAUUGUCAUUUAUUUGCAUGUAGAAGAAAUUAUUAAUAUAAUUUUACACAAAACAAUAUGGUUAAUAUAUGCACGUUAUUGAUACACUGAUUUAUUAGUUUUGAUAUUUUGGUUUGAAAGAUAGGCAGUCUUGCAAACUGAAACAACAAGUGUAGAAUACUUUUUUGUUACUUGGUUGUAUAGUUUGGCAGCCUUAUUUUAUCUUCUAUUGUGGCAAUAGGUAUAAGUCAUGUCAGAUGCAAUCUGACAUGUAUGGUCCAUUAGUUUUAUCUGACACGUAUGGUCCAUUAGUUUUAUUUUCGCUUGUGAAGUCAUAUGGAUAUGUUUGUACUCAUAAUUGCAUUGCCUCGAUAUUUAGUGUUGAAGGGGCUUAUUAGCAGCAUUUCUAAAACAUAUCUCAGGCAGAUAUUGAAACUGUAUCUAUUCACAUUUUUUGGACAUAAAAAUCUAGUGAAUAAUUUGGUAAUAAUGGUAAAUUGAUUAAAUUAUUAAAAUAAAUAUAUACUUAGCCAAAAAGUUUGUUUUUUUCAAAACUUACCUUUGGUUGGAUUCAAACUGACAUCUGGAAAAGUCACUCAUUUCAAUGAGAAUUUUACUACACUUAAGUACCAUUAUCAAUUGUGUGCAUACGUAUAGCAAUUUAACUGCUGAGCAAUAUGGUCAUAGCUGUCAGUGUGCCCCUUUAACAUUCUGUGCUGGUUUUUCCAUGGUUUAGAAAUCAGCGUCUUUUUCGUUUGUUUAAGUCUGGGGAUAUAUUUUCGAGAAGCGUAGAAUAAUGUAGAAUCACUUGUACUUACAUAUACCAGAUUUACUUGUGCAGGUACUGAAAUGUGAUAGAUAUCUUUCACAUUUUACUCUUUUUAAGUGUCUUUCGCUUAAUAUAUUGGCAAUUGCAUUACAUACAAGCUGACAAGGUAUUUUGCUUACAGGUAGGAGCGUUGUGAAGUCUGCCUCAAUGAUUAAAACUGUUCUUGUUCUUCAACAUAGCAUUAUUAUCUUUAUGUUUUUCGUAUGAAACAAGUGUCAGUUUAUGUUUUCAUUGUGUUUGAAAUGUAUCAGUUAAGGGACAUACCAUGGUUACCAUUGCUCUAAAGUUUUUUUUAACAAUAUGGAAUGUGUUUACAUCAUACUUGAUAUUGUUUUCUUAAGAAGAGGUUUAAGAACUGAUAUUAAUAUAUUAUAAUAUUGAGCUAUUAUUUGUAAGAGGGAAAUAGGAACGUUACUUUAGAUUACUUAUUGCAAGAACCUGAAGAAGUAAAAUAUAUACCCAUUCUACUUAAUGCAGACUGAAUUCUGAACAAGAAUUCUUAAUGAAAAUGGGCUUGGGCACAUUGUGAGAUAACUUCUGAACAAAUUCAUAAACAAUCACAUACCAAAUUAUUACUGACCUUUGCCACCGCUUGAAUGAAAACUUGUUCCUACAUAAGUCACUUCUUUAGGGGAAUUUAAAAUUAAAGGAAUUUUAUUAAGUUCCAACUGGAGCUUUGAAAAUACUGCAUACUAAUUAUAAUAGAAAUCUACAAUAUAGAGAUGGGCAUCAGAAGAUUUCAUGCACAAGGUUUAAAGAAGAAAAGAUGACUUCACAAAUCAUGGGGCAACCUUUAAUUGCCUCUCUUGUAUUUGCUAAACCGAGCCAUGUAAUUGACAUGAGUCAAGAAUACUAUGAUAUAUAUAACUCAUUACUUAUAUUUGCUUACGUUAUGUCUAUUAUGUUUAUUUAUUGCUUCAUAUAUACAAAACAUUUGUUGUUGGCAUUUAUGUUUAUUUUCCUGCACUUUAGCCUUCAGGCGAUAAAUAUGGUAAUUGAACAAUCCAAAAAGUGCUGAAAUUCACUUGACACUGCAUCGCAAAGUUUUUAUUUGGAUGUGCCCUAUUAUUUUCUGUCUAAUAAAUUGGUUCAAAUAGAGAAGUACGGUAAUUCAUACACAUUCAAUAAUGAUUAUUUUUUAAACGCUAUUAAUAAUUUUUAUUUUUUUUUCAAACAUAAUAUAUAAUCAUGUGCUUGCUUUUGUUGACUUUAUUUUGACCAUUGACCUCUUUCAGUUUGUUUUGUUUUCUAAAACUUUUUAAUUAUAAGUGCUCUUUUUUGUUUGUAUUUUGUGUAUGCUGUUUGUUUCUUUUGUUUAGUAGAAUACAAACAUUAUCUAAUCCCAAUCUCAUUACCUUGUGCUACUUUUUUUCUUACAUUUUUUUCUGACUUAAGUAUUAUUUUGAUUAAACAAAAACUUCCUUUGCUUUUGACAGAAUAUGGCUAGCCUAUUGUUUACAUAAACACUGAAUGACACGUAACUUUUGGCAUACAGUUAGCCAUUCAUACAGCAAGAACUGGAUUUUAAUUUAUGCCUUUUUCGACCCAAAUCUAUAUUUUGAACAACAUUUGUCCGAGCUUCACCCAUAAACAAUUUGUUUGUGCAUUGGUCUGGACAUUAUUUCUGCAGCCAUUCUUCCCAAACCUCAGAAUAAAGAUUGGCAAUUUGUCAGCUACUUGUAAGUAUGUGCUGUGGUGUAGUGGAUAUGGUGUCAGCCUAGCGAUCUGUAGGUUACUGGUUCAAUCCUCACUCUCGGAGCAUUUUUAAGAUCUGCCCCAGAGACACCAAGUAAUGGUUCUGGGUCAAGGAAACAGACUCGAGAUUGUUUCAAAUAAGUAGUAAGUACUUCUUAUUUAAUUGCACUAAAAUAAAUAAGCUUAAACUUUAAGUAUGUGCUCAAUAAAACUAUGGUACGGCUAAUAAGCUGAUGAAAAUGACAACAAAAAUCUAACAAAAUAUGCAAUGAAUUGCUUGUCUUUUAAGACCUUUGUCAAAAUAUUUUGCAGCCAGAUAAAUUGUUCCUCCAUUGCAUUAAUGGUGUUUUAAAAUGUAAAAAGGUAAUCGGGACGGAGAGAAAAAUACAUAAUAUAGUUUGUGUGCCUGAUAAUGAUUAAAAAAUAAUGUUUGUAUUGGGAUACAAUCAAGUCCAUGUUUUGAGUUCUACAUUCCAGAACGAGGAACUUUAUACUGUAUAUACUUGGAACAAAUUUUCGAAUGAAUGAUUAUAUUACACUGUUUGAAUACAGUUGGUAAAUGCUUUACUUUAGCAGUAUUUUUUUCAAGUGACCUUAUGACAUAUGGUUAGAUGCACUGAACUGUUUAAUUUAUGCUCUUUUUUUGGUGAGACUCCACUUCCCUCUAUCCUUUAUCCAUAUAUAAUGUUUUUUUUCUUAAAUAUUUAGAUGCAUCAUUGUAGAUUACUGAAGAUUAUGAUAAUGGUGCAUUUGCAAAUAUGGAUUUUCCUUGAGGCAUUUCAGCUUUUUAUUAGUUUUAGAGACUUGUUGAUAGUUGAUUUAUGUUACUUAAAAUGAUUUGUUCACAGAUUUGCAGGUUUUUAUUUGCGAAAAUAAUCGUCAAUUGAAUAUACUAACAAAACAGUAGUAUUUGGAAUGAUGUUAAAUUACUACAAUAACUAGAAAUAAGAUAAAGACCUCAAAAAGAAUAGAAAGUUAAAAUUCUGAGACUUGAAUUUAAAUGCUUUGUGGAUAAUACUUGUUUUUUGCUAAAUUAUCAAUGAACAUAUUUAAAACAUAUUAUGACCUUUCUGAUAUUGAUUGAUGAGAAUCAAUAAGCAAAUCUUUUUUUGGAACCAGGUAUGGUUAACAUGUAUUGCGUAAAUUAAUGUAAUGCAUAUAUUUAUUUAUUUUGGAAUCUAUGACAAUUUUUUCAGACGUGUCAUUUUGCAGAUCUGUGAACAAGUCCCUAUAAAGGUCAAUUUAAACAACAAAAUGUUCUACUUGUAUGUGGACGAAUGCAUGAUGUUAAGUAUUUGUUUGAUUCAUUCAUGUGUUUAUCUUUUUAUGUAAUGAAGUUGCAAUAUUUACAUAUUUGUGUCAGUCCUCUGCACACAUACAGUAUUUUUCCUGUAAUAAAAUGCUCCGCAAACCUUUGUAAUCUCACGUGUAGUUGGAAAAGAAAUGGUUGAAUGUGUAUAUAUAUAUAUAUAUACAUGUAAUUCUUUUUCCAUGCAUGCAUCUUGGAAGUAAUUGAGGAAGACUUUUUUGUUAACUUAAAAAAAUUAUCCGGUUAAUCUUCCCUUAUUAGGUACUAGUACAAAAAAAGCUUUUUAUUUCCCAUUCAAUUAUCAAUAUAUAUUUUUUGGACUUUUGCCUUUAAUGGAGAUUGUAACUUGCAACAUAUAUAUCUUGAGUUCUGUUUGAAGCACAAUUACAGUGAUAUGUAUGUCCUGUAUCCAUUCUAUUAAAAUUGCCAUGUUAUAAAAUAAAAAUUAUAACAGUUUAAUGUAUGAUUGAUUUUGAGGCCAUCAUAUUUCUUCAUUCGCAUACUAUAUAUGACCUUCUUCAUUCAUUAAAAUAUGUUAAAAAUAUAUUUUAUGGUAAGUGUACAUAAAAGAAGCACGAUAUUUGCUUUUACAAUGGUUUAGUAGUUUGCUUAAAGAAUAUUUUCACAUCUUAACUUGUACCUUUAUAUAAGUUAAAUGAAGUCUAUAAAUUGAUAUUAUGAAUUUAAUUUUGCAUACAAUUUGGCUAGUGGUUGUUUUUCUUUCUAUGUUUCAACUAGGUGUGGUUUUUUACAUUUCUUAAAUAUUUUCAUCAAGUUUGCACAGAACAUUAACUAUUUGUACCUUUGUAUUCUGUUAUUUAAAGUAUAUAGCUAAAAAUGCAGCUAUGGCAACUUGUGAACGUCAAAUACAUUUAAUGACAAGCUCUCUUCCAAAGAAGAUAAAUGGGGACGAGUCUCUGUUGUAGCUGACAAAUACAGUUGUUGGCCAGCAUGAUUAGGUUUUUAUGCAAAACUUACAUAUUCAUAAAUAUAAUAUCUGCUUGUGUUUUUGUUUGCUUGUUUCGAUUUGUAAGAUUGUGUAUAUCAAUUUGAUUAUUAUUACAGCAAUUUUCCAUGUUUUUAUGUAAACCUGCAUCUUCCUAUAGCUUGUUAAUACGUCUUGUUUUCCUAUAACUGAAUGGGUCUUGGUCAUUAUAAACGUUCAUGCAAAAACAAAUAAAAAACGAAAAUAGCAAA